AUGAGCAAAGGAAAAUCGAAUGAUUUCGAUGAUUCUAUUGUGAAUGACCUGAAACAAAUGAUCGAGGAUAGCAGUCCAUAUGCAAAGAUUUAUAGAAUGGCUGCUGAUCAUAUUUCACGAGAUAACUCAGUGGAUGUGAAGCUUCGUCUCAUAGGAAAAAGAUCAAGAGAUGGAAGGACAUACAAUAUGCCAACUACAACAGAGGUGGCUACUCUUAUUGUUGGAGAUUUUGAGUGUAUGCCUGAUAAGAGAGACCCAAAAAGAGAAAGAAAAAAAAAGGAUGAAUCUCAAUCCAGUGAUCCCUCCAAAAAGAAGAAGAACAACGAAGAAGAGUCGGAAGAGAGCAAAAGGAAUAAUCUCACAUUGAGGGAAUUCUUAGCAUUCAGAAUGCAAGAUAGGGAAGAUGAAGGUCAACAACUUCUUCUUUCCAGACGUUUGCUUCAACAAUUUAUUGUCGACGGAUACACCAUGAUGGAAACUCAAAUGCUACAAUGGAUCCGUUACAACCAACCAUCUCUUAGGUCGGAAAGAUACAAUAAUCUUAAUGAUUCAAAAAAUAAAGGAAACACAGACAGUUCAUGUGUUGGCAAACCUCUCAUUCUUCCCUCAUCUUUCACCGGAGGAAAGUGGUGGACUGGAUAUCCAUCAUUGUUUAUUACUUUCACAUGUAAUCCGAAAUGGCCUGAGAUAUCGAGAUUUGUUAAAAAAAGGGAACUGAGGCCGGAAGAUAGGCAAGAUAUAUCCGUUCGUAUCUUCAGAAUCAAACUUCGCGAACUUUUGGCUGAUUUGAAGAGCGGAAAAGUGUUUGGCCAACCAACUGCACAAAUUCCAAAGAUAGAAGAAAAUCUCGAACUAGAUAACGCAGUUGCUGAAUGUAUGAUGCACGGUCCAGACAGAUUAAACUCACCUUGCAUGGUGAAUUCAAAGUGCUCAAAGAGAUACCCGAAGGACUACACUGAUCAUACAAAACUUGAUGAUAACGGAUACCCAACCUAUAUGAGGAGAGACACUGGAAUAACCGGACAAUCCGUGAAGUAUCUUUUUAAGUACAUCAACAAGGGCAGUGACAGGAUGGGUGCCAGAAUAACUAAGACCAAUAACGAUGAAAUUAGUGAGUACGUCGAUUGUAGAUACAUUUAUGCGUGCGAGGCUAUGUGGAGAAUAUUUGAGUUCAAAAUUCACCAUCGGACUCCGCAUAUAGAACGUUUGUCUUUCCAUUUGGAAGGAGAGCAAACAUGUGUGUUUAGAGAAGGCGAUUACAUUGAUAAUGUGUUGGUCAAGAAUACCAUUGCAGAAUCUCAAUUUCUACAAUGGAUGGAAAUAAAUAAAACAGAUCCAGAUGCUCGGAAGUUGUUGUAUAGUGAGUUUCCACAACAUUACGUGUGGAAUGUAAAAGAUCAAGUAUGGACCAAAAGAGACCGAGGUUUUGGCAUUGGACGCAUCUUCCAUGUCUCCCCGUCCACCGGAAAAAUAUAUCAUCUUAGGAUACUACUGAAUCAUGUGAGGGGUGCGACAUGUUAUGAGGACUUUCGAAGGGUGAAUGGAGAACUAAAAGAGAGUUAUAAGGAAGCAUGCUAUGCAAUGGGUUUGUUAGAUGAUGAUAAGGAGUACAUCGAAGGAAUUAUUGAAGCAAGUUCAUGGGAUUUUGGAGAUUACCUACGUCGCCACUUUACUACUUUACAGUAUGUCAAUGGCGGAGAGAGUGUGGGAACAAACUUGGGCGAUUGCUAUCAGACGACAUCCUUCACACUAAGCGAAAGAGUCUUAAAAAUCCAGUUAACGAAUGAUCAAAUAAAAAAUAUCACGUUGGCUGAAAUUGAAAAGUUACUCAUUGCUAACUCCAGCAGUCUAAUUCGUUUUCCUGGCAUGCCCAUGCCAAAUGAAACUAUUAUCUCUGACGCUGAAAACCCGCUCAUAUUGGAAGAGACAUCUUACAGCAUGGAAGACAUGAGGGCAGAGCACGCUAAGCUAUAUCCAUGUUUAACGGAUAAGCAAAGGAUGGUUUAUCAGAAGAUAAUUAACGCAAUUGAUAGUGGCGAAGGUUGA